GCUGGCCGCUGGCUCGGCGGCGCGGCAGGUGCCAGGAGCCGCCGUGGCCCCGCCUCCUCGCCCCUGUCUGAGGGCGGAGGCGCCGCGGCAGCAGGAGCCCGAGGAGCGGCCGUGGUUGCCGGGGGCAGUUGGCUUCGGGCUGGUGCCGCUUGCCCUCUCCUUCUGCCUCUCUGCCUUUCCUGCAGCGCGCUCGGGGGCACCCGGGGCAAAGAGAAGAGAGAAGAAGGGAAGAAGGGGUAUCGACCCUCCAGCAGCAUGAACCGGCCUCACCGUGGGACUGCGGGCAGCCGGGGCCUGGGCACCAUGGAGGUGAAGAGUAAGUUUGGAGCGGAAUUUCGACGAUUUUCUCUGGAGAGAUCCAAACCUGGGAAGUUUGAGGAGUUCUAUGGAUUACUACAGCACGUGCACAAGAUACCAAAUGUUGAUGUUCUAGUGGGAUAUACGGACAUUCAUGGAGACCUGCUGCCUAUCAAUAACGAUGACAACUAUCAUAAAGCAGUUUCCACAGCAAAUCCUCUACUCAGGAUUUUCAUUCAGAGAAAAGAAGAUGCAGACUACAGUGCCUUCGGUACAGAUACUAUGACAAGGAAGAAAAACGUCUUAUCGAAUGUGUUACGUCCAGAUAAUCACAAGAAGAAACCACACAUUGUCAUUAGCAUGCCACAAGACUUCAGACCAGUGUCUUCUAUUAUAGAUGUAGACAUUCUUCCAGAAACCCAUCGGAGGGUAAGACUCUACAAGUAUGGAACUGACAAACCCCUUGGAUUCUAUAUACGAGAUGGUUCUAGCGUCAGAGUAACGCCACAUGGAUUAGAGAAAGUUCCAGGGAUUUUCAUAUCUAGGCUUGUGCCUGGAGGCCUGGCUCAAAGCACAGGGUUACUGGCUGUCAAUGAUGAAGUACUUGAGGUGAAUGGAAUAGAAGUUUCAGGAAAAAGCCUUGAUCAGGUUACAGACAUGAUGAUUGCAAACAGCCGUAACCUGAUCAUUACGGUAAGACCAGCAAACCAGAGAAAUAAUGUUGUGAGGAACAGUCGGACUUCUGGCAGCUCUGGUCAGUCUACUGAAUCUAGCCUUCCAAGUAGCACACCAAAUAUUUUAGCAAAUCUAUUGCAUGGAGAAGAGGAGAGCGAUGAAGAGGACAUUAUUAUUGAAGAUAGUGGUGAGCCACAGCAGAUUCCAAAAGCUGUGCCUACCACUGAAAGCCUAGAAUCAUUGACGCAAAUUGAACUCCUCCAUGAGUCAACACAAAAUGGAUUCCUUCCUUCCAGUGAGAUGAACUUGAAUCAUUCAGCAGGCAGCAUUAGCAUGGAAUUUGAAGUACAAGAUCCAGAGCAUAAGCCAUUAGAAGAAGAUGGAACAAUAAUAACACUAUGAAAUUACAUUGAUGUACUCUGUGUUCAGUAAGGAUGCCAUACAUAUUAUAAUUUGGCUCAAUAUGUAAUACAUUUUAUACCUCUCCAUCUACCCAGCACUGCAGCUAGAUUAAAAGGAGGGAAAAUGUAAGUACAAGAAGUUCAAAAUUAUGUAAUUCCACUAACUUCAGUUAAUUCUGCACUUCAAUGUAAAUACUUCACAAAGGUGGACAAUGAUUGAUCAAUGACUGAAAUCAAAUGAGGACAUUUUAAACUCAAAAUGAAGGAUAGCUAAGAGAUGGCUGUGAGCUUUCUUUUUAAAGUACUUGGGUUUUGGUUUUUUGUGGGGGGACAGUUUGUUUUGGUGGGGUUUU